CACACUUUCGCAAUUUUUAGCAAUAUAGUCUUUAAACAUUCAUACACACGUACAAUCAACGAACAAAAAUAACCCAUUCAUUUAGUCUCUGCCUUCCAAUUGAGUGAUAUUCACCAUGUCUAAAGAAACAGAUUCUAUAGAUUUUGAUGAGAUAUACAGAAAAACUGGGAGUUAUGGAAGAUAUCAGAUGAAGAUUAUGCUACAGAUAUUUCUCAAUAAUAUUCCUGUAGGUUUCAAUAUUAUGGUGCUGAUAUUUCAAAUACAUGAUAUACCAUUUACCUGUCGGUCGUUACCAAAUGACAGCAUCAUGGAAAUUGGUCCUAACAGUACUAUACAGUAUGAAAGUUGUUUUGUGAAGAUCUCAAAUGGAACAAAUGGGACUGAUAACCAAAUUAUUCCAUGUCCCAAUGGAUAUGAGUAUGAACAUGAAAAGCACUACUCAGUUCGGUCACAGUGGGAUUUGGUAUGUGCUGAUGAACCCCUUGCUGAUCUUUUCAUCACAAUCUACAGUGCAGGCAAGCUAGCAGGAUGUUUUAUCUUGCCGAAUAGUGCAGAUAGAUAUGGUCGGAAGCCAAUCAUUAUCUUAGCAAACUUUGGAAUGUGUGUUCUGAAUAUCAUCAUUAUCUUCUCACCAUCUUAUACAUUUUUCAUAAUAGUGAAAGGAUUGACUGGAUUUUUUCAGCCAGGUGUAUCAAUUCCUGGUUCUGUGUUACUAUUGGAGCUUUUCCCUGCAGAAUGUAGGACCCACACUCAAGUUUUUCAUGGAAUUACAUGGGGAGUGGCCCUAAUGCUACUAUGUCCAGUGUCAUAUUUCACAGAACCAUAUGGAUGGCAUUGUCUAAAUGCACUUGUAGCUCUGUCAUCCUGUGGUUUCUUGUUCCACGUUUGGACACUACAUGAAUCUCUUCGAUGGCAGGUACAAUCAGGGAAAGUAAAAGAGGCAAAUGCUACUGUAAAGCAUAUGUGUAAAGUCAAUAAAAUAGAUUACAGUGAAGUAGAGUCAUUAAUGACCAACCUUAAUGGUAAAAAACCUGCAGAAGAUAUAGAAUUAACCCCCUUAGAUGAAAUAUCUAGUACUGAUUCUUCAGAUGAAACCUAUGAUGAUGAACAUUCAGAUGAAAUCCACAGUUUCAAGUCUUCAGAACCAGUUCCAUCAGAGACUAAGAAUGGAAUGUUACAGAAAAAACACGAACAUCCUAACCACAGCAAAUAUCCUAGAAUUAUUAUUGUUUUAAUAACACCAUGUCUUCGGAAAAUACUUUCCAUAAUGUUUUGUCUGUUUUUUGUCUCUUCACUGACCUACUAUGGACUUUAUUUAAUGACAACUAGGCUCUCAGGCAACCGAUUCCUAAAUUUCUUCAUAACUGCUUUAUUUGAAACUCUGUCACAAAUUUUCGCAUUCACUGUUUUCAGAAGGUUCCCUCGCAAGAGCUGCUGCAUGGGUUGUUUAUCAUUCACUGCUAUUGUAUUGAUAAUUGCAGUUCUUCUGCGCACAUUCAGUGACAGUGACAUUGCCUUAAUGGCAUCGACAGGCUUUUCUUUUCUUGGGACAUUUGGCAUUUCAGCUGCAUUUCUAUUAGUAGGCAUUUAUGUUGCGGAGCUUUUCCCCACAGAUGUCAGAAAUGUUGGUUUUGCUCUUGCAAGCAUUGCAUCGCGUCUUGGUCAAAUAAUUGCUCCUUUUGUUAGAUUUCUGAGUCGAUUGGUUCCUUGGGCACCAGGUAUUACCUUUGGUGUAAUAUGUCUCCUGAUGAAUAUAUUGAUCAGAUUUUUACCAGAAACAUUAAACAAGCAACUACCUCAAACUGUAGAAGAUGCCAAAAUUAGAGAAAGGGAGGAAAUGGAAAAAAGGAUUGCUAAGAAACAAAUAAAAAAACAAAAUCACUUGUUUUUUUUCUAAAGGAUACAGAUGCAGUCCAGUAUAUUGGACAGCAUCUGUAUGUCAAAGGAGAAGUAAUAAAAUGGUUUUGUUUGUAAAUCUGU